CAUUGUCAGCGCGGUGGAGCGGCAGUGAGCCGUGGAGGGUGGACUCUCGGGUGGACUCCCCCAGCCGGAGUUCGACAGUGCGGCACACGGCGGCACAGGUGUUCCAACCUAAGCGAACCAGGAAGGAAGCGCAGCAACAUGUCGCGCUUCUCUGUGAGCCACCCCGAGGACGGCGACGUCUCCCGGAUCCCCGACGUGCCCGAGAACGGCGUGCUCGAGAUGCGCCGCCACGACACGGCGCCCACGCUGCAGAUGAGCGUGGAGACCGACCUGGACCUCUUCUCCGCCGCCUCCACCACCUGCCUGUACGACGUGGGAUGGCGGCAGCAGCGGCGGCGGUCUCUCGUCCAGCUCACCCGCGAGGCCCUGCCCCGCGUCGACAACUACCGCAACGGGCCCAAGAAGAGGCCAUCUCUCGGCGACCUGCACGACUGGCACGGACAGGGGCGUGACGAUGGCGACCCGGCCGCAGGCGGCGGGGGCGGCGGAGGCGGCGGCGACCUGGAGGCAGCAGCCAGCGCCGGGGACGGCCACGCCGGCAUCAAGCUGGGCUGGAUCCAGGGGGUGUUCAUCCCCUGCCUGCUCAACAUCUGGGGCGUCAUGCUGUUCCUGCGGUUGGCCUGGGUCGUGGCGCAGGCCGGCAUCUUCCAGUCCCUCAUCAUCAUCGGCAUCUCCACCAUCGUGUGCGUGCUCACCACCCUGUCCCUGUCCGCCAUCUCCACCAACGGCGAGGUCAAAGGAGGCGGCAUCUACUACAUCAUAUCUCGCUCGCUGGGCCCCGAGUUCGGCGCGUCCGUGGGCGUGGUGUUCGCCUUCGCCAACGCCGUCGCGGCCGCCAUGAACACCAUCGGUUUCUGCAGCUCCCUCAACGACCUUCUCAAGGAGCACGGCCUCAAGAUUGUCGACGGACACAACAACGACAUCCGCAUCGUCGGCGUCCUCGCCAUCCUCGUCAUGAUCGUCAUCUGCGCCGUCGGCAUGGAGUGGGAGUCCAAGGCGCAGAACUUCCUGAUCGUCAUCAUCGUGGGGGCCAUCGGCAUCUUCGUGGCGGGUGCCAUCGUGGGCCCGCGGAGCGACGAGGAAGUGGCGAUGGGCUUCGUGGGGCUGAGCACGAAGGCGUUCGCGGACAACUGGGGCCCCGACUACCACGAAAGCGAGGACGUCAUGCACAACUUCUUCACCGUCUUCGCUAUCUUCUUCCCUUCGGUUACGGGCAUCCAGGCUGGCGCCAACAUCUCCGGCGACCUCAAGGACCCAGCCGGCUCCAUCCCCAAGGGCACCAUGCUGUCCCUGCUCGUGUCCAUGGCCUCGUACGUCCUGUUCGUGCUCAUGGCAGGCGCGUCCGCGGUGCGCGACGCCAGCGGCAACGUCACCGACCUGGUCAACGGCUGGCCCAGCAAUGCAUGCCGCAACGACACCGCCGGCCUGCACUGCGAGUUCGGCCUCGGUAACAGCUACACGGCCAUGCAGCUCAUCUCGUGGUACCCACCGGUCAUCUACGCGGGCUGCUUCGCGGCCACGCUGUCCACGGCCCUCACCAACCUGCUGUCCGUGCCGCGCCUCAUCCAGGCGCUGGGCGUGGACCGCAUCUACCCCGGCCUCAUCUUCUUCAGCAAGGGCUACGGCAAGCACGGCGAGGCGUACCGCGGCUACGUGCUCACCUUCUUCAUCUCGGCCGUGUUCCUGCUCAUCGCGGAUCUCAACUUAAUCGCGCCGCUCAUCUCCAACUUCUACCUGGCGUCGUACGCGCUCAUCAACUUCUGCACGUUCCACGCCGCGCUCAUCAAGCCGCUCGGCUGGCGGCCCACCUUCCGAUACUACAACGUGUGGCUCAGCCUCCUGGGCUUCGUCAUGUGCAUGGCCAUCAUGUUCCUCAUCGACUGGAUCUCCUCCGUCAUCACCCUGGUCGUGAUAUUCGCGCUGUACCUCAUCGUCGUUUACCGCAAACCAGACGUCAACUGGGGCUCGUCCACGCAGGCGCAGACGUACAAGACUGCCCUGAACACGGCCUACCGACUGGCACACAUCGGCGAGCACGUCAAGAACUACCGGCCGCAGGUGCUGGCCCUGUGCGGGGCCCCGCGUUCGCGACCUGCCCUCGUAGACUUCGCCAACCUCAUCACCAAGAACAACGCCCUGCUGGUGUGCGGGGAGAUCGCCAACGCGUCGCUGCCGCACCGCACGCGCCUGGAGCUGGCGCACAACGCCAACUUGUGGCUGCGCUCGCGCAAGAUCAAGGCCUUCUACUCUCUGGUGGACGGGCUGCGCUUCGAGGAGGGCGCCAAGGCCCUGCUGCAGACGAGCGGCAUCGGCAAGCUCAAGCCCAACGUGCUGCUGAUGGGCUUCAAGUCGGACUGGAGGACCAGCAGCGCGGCCGACCUGCUCGCGUACUUCAACGUGCUGCACGACGCGUUCGACAACCGAGUUGCGGUGGGCAUCCUCCGGCUGGCCGACGGUCUGGACUACUCGCGGCUGUUGGAGAACGACAACUUGAACGGGUCCUCGCUCAACGACCUGCAGUCCACUCUCACGCUGUCCGUGCAGAACCUGGGCAUGCUGCACAACGCCGACUCCAACCUCAACAUCUCCUCGCUGCCCGGCGCGCGCUCCGAGGCGUCCCUCGCCGGCCUCCACGUCAACGGUUCGACAGUGUUCCCGUCCGAGAGCCCCAAUGCGACCAAGCGCAACGCCAGCAGCCCGCUGCACAGCAUCCUCAAGAUGAAGAAGAAGGCCGCCUCGCAGCAGGUGCUCAACACGCCGGCCAACAUGGCCGUGUCGUCCGUGCCGGUGCCCAUGGACGAGCUGGCCAAGAUGACACAGUUCGAGCGCCGCCAAAAGAAGGGCCACAUCGACGUGUGGUGGCUCUACGACGACGGAGGCCUCACCAUGCUUCUGCCCUACAUCAUCAGCACUAGGACGACGUGGGCCAACUGCAAACUUCGUGUGUUCGCGCUCACCAACAAGAAGCACGAGCUGGAGGUGGAGGAACGAAACAUGGCCAGCCUUCUGUCCAAGUUCCGGAUAGACUACUCCAGCCUGACCAUGAUUCAGGACAUUUCCGAGUCCCCCAAAGAGGAGACGGUCGCCAUGUUCAACAAACUCCUCGAUGGCUUCCGCGAGGAGGACAUGAAGGAUGGCGACUGCGUGGUGACGCAGGCGCAGAUGGAGGCGCUGCAGGACAAGACGAACCGCCAGCUGCGGCUGCGCGAGCUACUCCUGGAGAACUCCAAGGACGCGUCCCUGGUCGUCAUGUCGCUGCCCAUGCCCAGGAAGGGGCUGGUGUCCGCCCCGCUGUACAUGGCCUGGCUCGAGAUGCUGACCAAGGACAUGCCACCCUACCUGCUCGUCAGGGGCAACCACACGUCCGUGCUCACCUUCUACUCGUGAGGCGUUGCAGACCCUCGGUCUGUGCAGCCUGUCCCUGGUCACCGCGGGCACCGCGUGGCCCUCCACGCACUCCAAGGCCUGGGCGAAGGAGGCUGGGAUUUCCCCGGAAACGAACUGACCGACCGACGGACCGAGCCUCCAUGUGAUAUAGCGCACGCCCCGCUCCCCCAAGCGCAGGCGCCGAGAGGGACGCGACGCGACGCGCACCGUGCCUACCUUGCCUACAAGUUUCGUUUUCGUAGUAAAUCAUAGUUAGUGUCGUCGCACAAAGACAAAUGGGUGCGAAGACCUAUUUUUAUUAUUAUUGUAUAUCGUCAUUUUAUUUUAUUGUGUAAUUUUAUUGAUUCCAUUCGCCACUCCGUGGAUGCCGUCGCGGCCUCGUGCUUGCACUUGUAGCAGAAAGCGGAAAACGCGCUGCUGGCAGCCGGAAGGCCUGUGCAAGGGAGGGUAACGGCUGGCAAGCGGUAUGCUCCUGCCAGUGACAGUCUAAGUGAAGGCAUAGGCAUCCCAACUUGCUCCACGUUUUUUCUUUUCAGGAAUUGAUGUGCCAAGCUGCGUAGUCAGGAGUUUAUAAGUGUAUGUAUUUUUUAAGAAUUGUGCGCUCAAUAAUUUUCAACAACGAAUGCGCAACAGAGAUCUAUUUAUUUCACUUAGAUAACUUUGAAACUUAAAUAGACUGUUAAAUCUCCACACCAUUGGUAGCUAAGCUGUAGCUUAAGCCGACAAAUGAAUCAGUAUUCUGGAAGAUAGAAUUAUUUUCCUCGUGUACAUGUUGUAAAUAUGAAUGAAUGAAAGUAUGUGUAUGUAUGUGUGUUAUAUUAUGGGAAUAGUGUCCUCCCCCAGGAAUAAUAUACACAAAUGAUAGUCUUAAUGUAUGAGAUUUUACCCAUAUCAGAUUUCAAUGUUGUCGUGAACUAUAAUAAAUGAAACAUAACGUC